UGGCGAGCGGUCGCUAUUCAUGUGCGCCAAUUACUCAUCCGUACGCAUCCGGCUGAUGUCCCGUCCAUCAUGCGGCUAUGGUAUAUCAGGCUGGUGGCUCUCGUGCGACUGAAGCUGUACGAGUUUGCCAACAGCGAGCUGAUGAAGAUUUCGAAUGGAGGUGAUCUGGAUAACCCUGCAUUACGCUAUGAGGCGUAUCCGGAUGUUUUCGGGGCGAAUAAGUCUGGCCCUAUGGUCACGUUUGAGCUACGGGCUUUCUGGGCGCGGCUGCCGAGCUUCAAGGGCAACCACCACGAAAGCAUCAACCGCAUGUACACGCUCCUAUACACCUGCCGCACCAUGAUUCGGAACGCCAAAACGGAAGCAUCGCCAUCCCGGAUAUGGCACGCCCGUGCGGCACAGCUCCAGCUGCAGAUUGCCAAUCUCUUGCUGGAUCUGAAGGAUCACCGAGCGGCUACGGGGAUAUUACGCGCACUGGUCUCCUCGUACCCUACAGAUGCACCUCUAGCCUGCGCAUUGGGAAGACUGUACCUCCAACUAGGCAACACCCCCGCCGCCCGCGCCCUAUUCGACCAACCCCGCUUCCGCUCCCAGCCCCCCAACUCUCCGCUCAACCUCCUCAACAAAGCCUUCUUGUACAUCGCCGAAGGAGAUUUCCAAGCCGCGUUGAGCCCCUUAACAGCUCUACUAGCUCACCACUCCGACCCAUCCCUCUCAUCCACCUCGCCACCGCAAAACGUGCCCUCGACAACCCACGCCCUGAACAACCUCGCCCUCGCACACCUCUACACGGGCAACGUCGUGCAAGCCGUAUCGUUCCUCGACAGCACGGUGAUUGAGCAGCCGGCGACAGCGGGCGUGUGUCCGCCCUUGCUGUUCAAUCUGUCGUCGUUGUAUGAUCUGUGUGAUGCGACGUUGGAUAGGAAGCGGAGGUUGGUGGCGCAUGUGGUGGCCAAGUAUGCGGGGGAUGAUUUUGAUACGAGUUGUUUGAAAUUGUGA